AUGCUAGGAAAGAAAGGGGAGUGACAUGUGGACAAUUUCCGGUUUCGAUUUCAUUAUUAUUAAAUUCUAUCUUCUAUCUUGCCACUCAAUUCAUAACUACAGUAUGCUGAUACAAGAAAAUUGUAGAAAAUGAGGACAUUAAGGCAAUCAGUGGUGAGAGAAGUGACAAAAACCAUAACACCCAAAAUAAACUUUGUAACUAAAAAUGUUGACAUUCCAGUACCAGGAAGAGGUCAGGUUUUAGUGAAAGUGAAAGCAUGCGCUCUUUCAUUAGUCAAACAAAAGAUUUUAGUUGAAGUAAACAGUGAUGAAGAGGUACAAGAUUAUCCAUGUGGUCAGGAUGCGAGUGGUGUUGUAGAUAAAGUUGGGGAUAAUGUGACACAUGUUAAUGUUGGCGACGAUGUGGUUGGUAUUCUUCCACUGGACAGUGAUUACUCUGGAUGUGGAGAUUACUGUAUAUUUAAUGAGUAUGAUCUAGUCAAGAAACCGCGGAUGUUGAGUUACGUAGAUGCUGCAGGAGGUAUAGGAGACUGUGUUAAAGCUUAUACUGCCCUACACUAUCAGGCAAGAAUAUGUGCCGGUGACACGGUCCUCGUCAUUGAUGGAGCGUCUUCAUUUGGUACAGCAGCUAUACAAAUUGCAAGACUAUGGGGAGCAAAGGUCAUAACAACAGUGAAUUCAGUGGCUGAAAAAUCCUAUCUGGAUGGACUGUUGCCUUCAGUUGGUCAUGUUAUUGACAUUGGACAGAGAGGCAGUAUGUUGGUGAGCUCUGUGAUGGAGGAAACAGGAGGUUUAGGUGUAGAUGUUGUCAUUGACAACGGAGUGAAAAUGUAUACAAAUGAAGAAGAUUGUAAUCUGCCAUCUGAGAGAAGAAAAUUCACAACCCCACAUAAACAUCAUGUCAUAUCAUGUUUAGGCAUUGCUGGGAAAUGGGUCACCUCUCAGUCUGACCUCCAGCUGGAUCCACCAGAUUCUGAGCUCUUGUACUUGCGGGGAGCCAGCAUCAACUUCCUGUUUAAUGAAGCCUGGACACUGUCUUAUGCCCAACAAGGCAGAUAUCAGCAUAUAUUACAUGAUGUUAUAGAUAAAUUAGACAGGGGCAAUGUGAAAUGUAAAAUCCUGAAAACAGUAACCUUUGAUAACACACCUGCAGAAUUAUCCCAGUUAGAAGAUCUCCGUAUGGGAAAAAUUGUCAUGGCAACAUGAAAGUUUUUAAUUGCAUGGAUCAAUAUCAUCGAUGUCAUUGAAUGUCUGUUUUUUUUUCUUCUGGUUGUUGUUGUUGUUUAACAAAGUUGGUCUAACUUAAUCUAAAUUACAAUGUAGAAAAGUGUUUACUUUAUUUUUAAAAGCAAUCAUGUAUUGUGAUUGACAUCGGUACUUUGGUGAUUGAUUAAUUAAGAGGCAGAGUUUACAGUGUUUUGAUGUGAUGUUUGGUUAAAACAACAGGUUUAUAUUAUCUUUGCUUUUAUGCAUACAGUAUAUAUGAUAGAGCUAAACUUGUCACUAUCAGCAUCUGUGUCAGCAUCAGUCUUUUGAUUAGGGAGAUCCCUUUAGAACAAUGAAAAGAAAGUUCAUGAGAGUAUUUUGUGUUUCACCGGAACCAUAUUAAUUUAAAACUUUGAAUGCAUAUUUGACCAUCAUAAUUAUUUGUGUGAAACAUUACAUUACUUGUACUAUAUUGUGAAUUUGAACAAAAUUAUGCCCUUUUUACAAUGACAAUUAGGUUUUUAUUUAUCACCAUUUAUCAUUGUAAUCCAUCAUCCUCUGAUUUCCCUCCUUUAAGUUUGUUUUUACAUCUUCAUAAGGCCACCAGAGUUUAAUUUUCUCAACCUACUGAAACUGAAAGUGAUGUAUCCUUUGCCACCAGAAUACAGCCAGGCCAGCUUGCUCUCACAUGCAGUCUGACCAGACUCUAUACUGGUGGUUGACUAACUUUAAAUAUUCGUCUUGAUAUCCCCUAAAAUUAGUGCAGUUCAAAAAAUUGAAUUCUUCAAGAAAUUCAGCAGGUUAAGAGAUAAAAAAAGAAAUAAACCUCUUAUCAUCUUGAAUAUGAAACAUUGUAGACAGUCCUUUUGUCAAGGUUUAACAUUAAACUGUCAAUUUAUUGUUGUAUUUUUAUGGUCAUAUCUAUUAAAUAAUAAAAAAUCUUUAUGAAUAA